UUGGUAGCCUUCCUUAAUUACCACUUGAUGCUCAGCCCUCGCCGCCUCCUGUGCAGUACAAUGCCGCCCUUGUACAAGGUUCAAAGACAUUAUACUGAGAAGGAAAGGAGAUGCUACGGUCAGCAGCUUCCUCGUGCCAUCGCGCUCGAUCCAGGAGGUGCUAGCUCAUGCUGGCUGGAACUAGGAUGCAAAAGGGUUGACGGAUCCAUGCCGCACAAGCACUGCGCCAUGCUCAGUCCAACCCCGUGGCUUCAGGGUGGCCGAGUUCGUCGCGACCAUCAGUUCGGAGACCUGCGUCACUACCCGUGUCGCUACCAUGGCCACCUGCAUCACUGCGUGCUCCAUCAACAGCCUCCUGCACAGGGAAAAGCAGCACGAGUAGAGGCGUCUGAGAUGCUCUGUUCUAGCGAGGUGGCUGAUUAUUCCAGAUGGGAGAAGGUGAUCCGUCUAAAGUGUAAUUCUGUGACGUUGACGUCCAAGUUCUACAACUGA